AACAAAUAAAACUAGCGUUUCUACUGCGACAACAGCCUGUUCUGUCGGAAAGAGGAGAAGUAGAAGAAGAACCCGGAAGUGACGCUAUGCUAACAUGAGUGAAAGUGGCGCUCAGCUGUUCGCUCGUUUGGAUGGUCGCCGCAGCGUACGUGAUAUCGAAUCUCGUCUUUUCCCAGAUGAUGGAGGCCCCGGGCCAGGUGAUGUGGUGGAGCUCUUUGGGUCGGAGGGAACAGGUAAGACGGAGCUGCUCUACCACUUCCUGUGUCGAUGUGUGCUUCCUGUGGCUGCUGGCGGUCUGGAGGUAGAAGUCGCCUUCAUUGAUGCUGACUACAGCCUGGACAUGUUACGAGUGGUUAGCAUCCUGGACAGCAGGUUGAGCGCUGCAUCUUCUUCUGGCUCGCCGCCGCCGUCAUCACAUGACGCCACAGUGCGCUCAUGUCUGUCCCGCCUUCUGGUGAUGCACUGCUCCUCCUCCUCCCAGCUCCUCCUGACCCUCCAUUCCUUGGAGACGUGGUUGGCAUCAAGGACAGGAUUAGCUAUCCUCCUCAUUGACAGCAUCUCUGCAUUUUAUUGGAUGGACCGCUGUGAGGGCGGGCCCAGCGUCAGCAAACAGGAAGAGAAGCUAAGCAGGUGUUCGCAGCUUCUGUCUCGUCUGCUCAGAGAUUACAGAAUCAGCGCGUUCGCUUCCUGCCACGCCAACAGGAAGUGCUGCAGUGGAUCCUCCUCCUCAGAACCUGAACAACCGUACCUGUGUCGCCCGUGGCAACGCCUAGUAACACACCGCAUGCUGUGCUCAAAGCAGAAGGUUGCUCCAGAGGGUGGGGAGGAGAACAAGACAAGUCAGCGGUUCACCGUGCGCUGCACCACCACCACCUCCUCGUCCUCCUCCUCCUCUCCCUCCACUAAGGCUAAAUCUUACAGAACCUGCUCCUUUCGUGUGACUGAUGGCGGUGUGCAUUUUAUAUGAUGCUCCUCCUCAUCUCCAUGUUGAUAUGAGAGGCCAUUAUUUGUCUAUAACGGUUUAUUCUUCUUCUUCAACUACAACAAUUUCUGUCUUUUAUUUGGAUUUACUGAUUUUUGUGCAAAGUUUGAGAAAAAUUGAAUUAUUGUAUUAAGUUCUGUAUUUUCAAGAACAAAAAAUUAAUCAGAAAAAUGUUGCAUAAUUGUUAAUUCUUAAUUGCACAUUUUCUACAAAGUGACCGUUUGUUUUAAAAGUUAAAAUUUGUGAUUUUUUUAACUAAAUUUAAAAGCCAUAAAGUUGCACAGAUAAAACUUUUGUUCGAAUAUAAAGGUCUAUUGUUUACAAUUUUUUUUUAUGUAAAGAAAAACAAAUCUAUAUUUUUGGGGGGAAA